CGCCGAACCACACACGGACACAGAGCUAUCCCUUCCCCUAAAAUUAUCAUAAUCAAACAAAAAUAUCCCUGUUACCUCUCUACCCAAUCCUAAUGAAGGAGCUUCGCCCUGACUGACCAAGGGAGAUGGGAAUACUAAAUAUAACCGACCAGACACCUCUGGUCCAGGCUAUAUUUAGCCGAAAUGUAGAAGAAGUGAAGUUUUUGUUGCACAAGAAAGAAGAAGUCAAUGCACUGGACCAAGAGCGCCGCACCCCCCUGCAUGCUGCUGCCUGUAUGGGAGAUGUUCACAUCCUGGACCUCCUCAUCAAGUCAGGUGCUAGUGUCAACGCAAAGGACCAAGGCUGGCUGACCCCUCUGCACCGGGCAUCUGCCGCCAGAAAUGAAAGGGCCGUGGGGGUGCUGCUGCGGCAGGGAGCAGAAGUGAAUGCACGGGACAAGCUGUGGCAGACACCACUGCAUGUGGCGGCUGCCAACAAGGCCACGCGCUGCGCCGAGAUGCUGCUGCCGCAGCUCAGCAGCUUGAACGUGGCCGACCGCUCCGGACGCACCGCCCUGCACCACGCCGUACACAGUGGACACUCUGAGAUGGUGAAUUUGCUCCUGAACCACGGGGCCAAUCUGAGUGCCAGUGACAAGAAGGAGCGUCAGGCCGUCCACUGGGCCGCCUACCUGGGGCAUCUGGAGGUUGUCAAGCUGCUGGUGUCUCGUAGCGCCGAUGUUGCUUGCCGGGACAAGCGGGGCUACACCCCUCUGCAUGCGGCGUCGGCCAGCGGACACAUCGACGUGGUCAAGUACCUGCUGCGGCUCGGGGCAGAGGUAGGACACAAGCGGUCCUCCUUAUCACGGUCUUCAUCCUCACCCUCCUGUUCCCACAUAGUGUCAAAGAUCAAAUCAUUUCUGCUGGACGUCUCUGUUGCGAUUGACGAGCCAAACACCUUUGGCAACACAGCACUGCACAUGGCAUGCUACACGGGUCAGGAGGCGGUGGCCAACGAGCUGGUGAACCGCGGCGCCAACGUCAACCAGCCCAACCACCGUGGCUGCACGCCCCUGCACCUUGCUGCCGUCUCGACCAAUGGGGCAUUGUGCCUCGAGCUGCUCGUCAACAACGGAGCCGACGUCAACAUGCAGAGCAAAGAAGGGAAGAGCCCCUUGCACAUGGCUGCCAUCCAUGGGCGAUUCACACGCUCCCAGAUCCUUAUUCAAAAUGGUGGGGAGAUAGACUGUGUGGACAAAUAUGGCAAUACUCCUCUUCAUGUAGCUGCUAAGCAUGGCCACGAGCUCCUCAUCAGCACUCUCAUGACCAACGGGGCUGACACGGCCAGGCAAGGGAUCCAUGGUAUGUUUCCUCUACACCUGGCUGUGCUCUACGGGUUCUCAGACUGUUGUCGAAAGUUACUUUCCUCAGGUCAACUGUACAGCAUUGUGUCGUCGCUGAGUAACGAGCAUGUGCUGUCAGCGGGGUUCGAUAUAAACACCCCAGACAGCCUGGGGAGGACCUGCCUACACGCUGCUGCGUCUGGGGGGAAUGUUGAAUGUCUUAAUUUGCUGUUGAGCAGUGGUGCUGACUUGAGUAAAAAGGACAAAUUGGGAAGGACUCCUUUGCACUAUGCGGCUGCUAAUGGCAACUACCAGUGUGUGGUGGCGCUAGUGAGUGCAGGGGCAGAGGUCAAUGAGCUGGACCUGAAAGGCUGUGGCCCUUUGCACUUUGCUGCUGCAUCCCAGACCUUCCGCAGAGUGGACCGUCAUUACUCUGCUGAGAACCAGACUGAAGAGAGGGAUAAAGAAGGCCUGCUGUGUCUUGAGUACCUGCUAGACAAUGGGGCUGACCCAUCCCUGCGCAACAGCAGAGGCUACAGCCCAGUCCACUAUGCAGCUGCCUAUGGAAACAAGCAGAAUCUGGAGUUGCUGUUAGAGAUGUCUUUCAACUGUUUGGGAGAUGUGGAGAGUAGUGUCCCUGUCAGCCCUUUGCACUUAUCUGCGUAUUAUGGUCACUGUGAAGCCCUGUGGGUUCUGGCUGAGACGCUGGUGAGUCUGGACGUGCGGGACACCAUGGGGCGCUCGGCGCUCUACCUGGCGGCCCUCAGGGGCCACGCAGCCUGCCUGGAGGUGCUGCUGGCCCACGGGGCCUCCAGCCUGCUCAAGGACCGCGGACGCAAGUGGACCCCACUGCACGUGGCAGCGGUCAACGGUCACUCUGACUGCCUACUGAUGCUGGUCAACCGCGCCAACUCCGCUGACAUCAUCGACGUCACAGAUGCGAAGGGGCAGACACCUCUGAUGUUGGCGGCGCUGGGCUGUCACACUGAUUCCGUGCACCUGCUGCUGGAGAGAGGAGCCAAUCCUGACAUCGGCGACAAGUGGAGUCGCACCGCAUUGCACCGAGCCGCGGCGGUGGGCGCUGAGGAGUGUGUGUGUGCACUGCUGGAGCACGGCGCGCUGGCGCUGUGCCGUGACGUGCGGGGCCGCACCCCGCUGCACCUGGCGGCCGCCCGUGGCCACCGCGAGCUGCUGGGCCUCAUGAUGGCCGCCGCGGUGCACGGCGACCCGCUCGACUCCAUGCUGGACUACAGCGGCUACACGCCCUCCCACUGGGCAGCCUACCACGGGCAUGAGGACUGUUUGGAAGUUUUACUUGAACACAAACCGUUUAGUAUCCAGGAGGGAAACCCCUUCAGCCCUUUGCACUGUGCUCUAAUCAAUGGCCAUGAUGGUGCUGCUGAACUGCUGGUGGAGACCUUGGGAACACAGCUGGUUAACAUUAGAGACGCUAAAGGAAGAACUCCGUUGCAUGCCGCGGCUCAUGCCGAGAGUGUUGCCGGGCUACAGCUGGUCCUGGUGCAGGGGCCAGAGGUCAACGCCGUUGAUCACGCCGGACACUCGCCCCUCAUGGUUGCCGCCGAUAAUGGACACACUUCCCACGUUGAGAUCCUGCUGCACCAGGCCAAAGCAGACCUCACGCUGCUGGACGUCAACAACAACACUGCGCUUCACCUGGCCUGCAGCAAGGGCCAUGAGAUGUGUGCCCUCCUGAUCCUGGCUGAGAUAGACGACCCCUCCCUCAUCAACGCCACCAACAGCGCACUACAAAUGCCCCUCCAUAUAGCUGCUCGCAAUGGCCUGGCCACAGUGGUGGAGGUGCUUCUGAGUCGUGGAGCCACAGUGUUGGCAGUGGAUGAAGAGGGCCACACCCCAGCCCUGGCGUGUGCGCCCAACAAGGACGUGGCUGACUGCCUGGCUCUGAUACUGUCCACCAUGAAGCCUUUUCCCCCCAAAGAGUCCAGCAAUGCCCACUUCGGCCUCAACCUGCUCAAGCACUGCGGCAUCGCCGCCGCCCACCGACCACUUGCCAACGGCAGUCUGCGCCAUGGUUAUGCCAAGGACAGCUGCCUCACCGAGUGAGACACACGCACACAGACACAGACACAAACACAAGCAAACACACACUCAAACACAAGCAAACACACACACACACACACACACACACACACACACAUACAUACAUGCGUGUGUGCACACCGACCAACCCCCUUGCUCUAACACACACACACAGGAAGUCUCAGUCAUGCCUCCCUGUUUAGCUCUGAACCCCCUCCCUCCUUAGCCCAGUACUCUCACCUUGACAACCAUGCCCCAUACCCACCCCACCCCACCUCACCCCCAGCCCCUUCACCUCACACUGUAGACACGCAGGAAUAUACUAAUUAGUGUGUGUGUGUGUGUGUGUAUGCUUACAAUUGUGUGUGCGUGUGAGAGUGCGCAGAAUUUAGCCUGAUGGAUGCAGUCAAACCUAUAUGCAAAUCUGUCACUCGAAAUCUAUAUUCCUGUCCCACUCCCUUCUCUCUGUCUCCAGGUCUCCAUUGUCUCUCUCUCUCUCAUUUCCCACAAUGCCUAAAAACAAACAAGCAAACGGUGUAUGAAAAAAAAAAAACAUUGAACAAUUUCAUUGGCCCAAUGAAAUUGGUAUCCGAAGUUAAGAGCUAUGAAACGGUUGCCUCAAAAUUUGGCGUCAAGUGGCAGGCACAGUUAUCCAGUCUGGGCCACAUGGGAGACUUGCAGAGGAGAGGAACCAACAGGUUUGACUGCAUAGCCACAGGAUGGAGUGGGGUGGGGGUACCGUUUCCCGUGCAGACAAACCUCACAUGAUGCAUUCACAUGAAGGGGCCCAUUUAUGAUAACACUCUACCCAACCACUCCAGUUAUUUACAUGCUUGAACAGUCACAGUAAUAGCCACAUUGAUCGCUUUGCUUCUCCCCUGAUAAAUUAUGUCAGAGCAAUUUGCUGUUGUUUUUGACAAAGUUUACCCGUCAAGUGGAUGUUGCAAAAGAAAAGAAAAUAUUUUUUCACCCAAACAAAAGAAAGUUACAGAGUAAAGUUGACCAAGAGAAGCAUUUAGGGUUUGUCUGCACCGGUCCCCUGCCCCACAGUAAGCUCAGACAUGAAGGAAUUGUCAGCCUUUCCACUAACAGAAGUGGAAGAUGAAGGAAAAAAAUAUGUGCGAUUGAGUGCAAGAAAUAUAUGGCCAUCUUUUGGGCUUCUCUUUCUGGAAAUAUCCAGAUGUCUUACAGUGCUGUGCCUAAAUCUCUCAAACAGCUAAUGAUGCUGAUCAUGCUAAUCACAGCGUGGGAAAGAUCCCCCCUGACCCACCUUAAGUACCCCUUUCAGUGAUGUACUCACCACCUGACCCACCUUAAGUACCCCCUUCAGUGAUAUAUACCCACCACCUUGAUCCCGCACUCCUCCCCAAACUAUGUGGAAUGAUUUUUUCGAGACUUCAAAAAGAGAACAAUUCUAGGAGUUUCACACAAAAAUAGGAACAUUUUUCAAUGCAAUUUUCUUACAAAAGAAAAAAAAAACAACAAGCACCCAUACCAAAGCGAGGACUUUUCAAAUGUUGCUCCUCUCUCCACCUCCCAUUGCUUUCCAGUACAGACAACUGUCUGGAUGAUCCAUUAUGUGAGUAAGUUGAUGUUUGCACAAUAGGGUGUCAAGGACUUAAAAAAAAAAUGUUUUCAAUAUAGCUGCUAAAAUAUAAUUGCCUUUGUUUUUAGUAGAUUGUAUUAAUGGUAUUUAAAAGCGGGUCUUUUUUUGUUUUGUUUUGUUUCCCUUCAUUCUUAUUUAAGAGCAAUACUCAGAGAGCCUUCAAAAUGUCUUACCUCACAUUUCGCUUGAUCCUGCAAGGCUUUGGAUGUUAAUACUCCUCUGAUUUACUUUCCUUAGAAUGCUGCCAAGAAAGCAGUUGGUUUUAAGAAAUUAGCACGGUUAUCCAGUUCAAGGCUAAAAUAUAUUUACACUUUUACUGAAAUAUGCACUGUUGUAAGAAAGCUACCACCAAAGGUGUUACAUGUUUCAUGCGAAGAUAUUUACUCCCUCAGAGCCACACAGAAUGCUAAGAACCCCCGUUACCGUUGCCUGGUAUUACAUGUUGCCCAUCACCUGCUAUGAAGAUUACAUAUCAUUUCUGCAUGCUAGAUGUAUUCAACUGCCACCAAAUCAUAGCUCACCAAAAAAAAAAAAAGUAAUAAUAAUAUUUUAAAAAAAUUGAAUGCAUCUACAGGUCCAAUGCACUUGAAGCUUUAAAAACAUAUAAACUACAACAUAAUGACCUCAUAUACGGCAUCACUGUAGACUUGUCCAGUAACCAGGGUUUGUGGGCUCGGCCAAAUAUUUUCCUGGGCUGUGGCCUCCAGUCCUGGUCAUUCAGGUUCGUCCCUGAGUACAGGUGUUGGCCACAGCUUCCCAAGUCCAUUGCAUGCAAAAUGACGAUUGCUCUGCUACAAGAAAACAACAGCAGACAAUUAGGCCCGCAUCCCUGGUGUCACACAGAGCAUCACAGUGAUGGUUUUAUCUCCCUUGUAAUCUCAUCCAGCCAAUUGCCAGCAUUUCACACUGUGCCCUAAUGAUUCCUUUGGACCUGGAUAAUCAUCUCCAUGUUCUUGCUAAUCUCUUAUCGAGCUCGCUAGCUAACUGUUGGAGCACGUCCUCGACCUGUUUCAUAUCAACCUUUAAAACGCUGUUGCCUCUCCCUGAAUGUACUUGCUUUGUGCUCCACUUCUCCUGUCUGUUGGCUAGUAGGAUGCAGCCUCGGUAGCUGCUGCUCUUCCUCUCUUUACCUCCUGGCCUUACUGUAGCUGUUGAUAGUACACAGGCUGGGUUUGAUUUCAUUUCUUUAACCAAUUUGGGCUCUGCUAAGUAAGACACUCAAUAAGGUGCUCCUGAAUGAUGGUGAAAGAGGCCGCGUGGUGCUAUGAAACAAGAAAUCUGAUUUUUUUUUUUUUUUUUUCCUUUACACAUAUUAGUUUGCAAACAGUUUGUGUAGGCGUUUAAUCUUCCAUGCUUUUUUGCACAGCUGGCCAUCUAUUCCAUAGUUAAAAGUGUUAAAUGCUAUAUCAGUCAGUUAAGCUUUUUUUGUGUAAGGUAGUUUUUAUGUAGUGUGUUGUCAGUUUGUUGCUAGAAAAUCUUGAGUGUUAGUGCCAGCUGCCUUGGCCUUAACUGUUUGUGUAGUUACCGGGAGACAUAGUGAAAUCCAAACUAGCAUUUGGUGUGUUUGCAUUUUUAUUUAAAUUUUUGAUUUGCACAAUUUUACUUGACCAUUUAAGCAGGAAUGAGUACCAUAGGGUUCUGCCUUAUGGCUUGCGUCGUGAAACAAACAGCAAUGUAUGAAGCCUAAGUUUAAAAGUGUAUUAUUGACUGACUUUUGCACUCCAGGUGAUCAGGCAACACAAUUCACUUCAAACCUUGUUCUGUUCUGUGUAACUCUGGGGGAGUACUGGUGAGGAUUGGUGGCAGAGGAUAGAAAUUCUCAAAGAGCAGCUGAAGAGGGAGACUGCUAUGUUUCUUUGUGUUCGCUUUUUUCUUGUGUUUGUUUUUUGUUUUGUUUGUUAUGUUUGUUUUUCAUUUUGAAAUGACAAUCAGUCUACUAAGGGCUUUUUAUUUGUAAGGAAACACUUUUAUGGGGACUUGUGCAAAUAUCUUGACAUCCAAACAAGUUUCCUUUUAAAAACCGGCAUAUGCAUGCUGUCAUGGCCAGAGUGUGCACUUGCUUGGUAUGUGUGCUUACUGUUUUUUGGGGGGGAGGAAAAUAAUUAUGUUGUGCUUCCCAGUCACUUUAGCAAAAUUUACAGUGUAAAAAUCCCUUUCAGAUUGUAACUUCAGAACUAUUAGUUGCUGCUCUUUAAAUAAUUCCACAAUACCUACAAUUGUUCUCUUUUAAUAGAAUAUAGAAAACUUACCACAAAUGUUCCUGGGGUAUUGGUAGUUACAUAUAUCUAUCUAUAUACAUAUAUACAUAUAUAUAUUAACAUACUUUUAUGCAUCAAAUUCAAAGUUCAUUGCAGACUGAGAUUUUAUUGUCAGGUCUAUGGUGCAUUAAAAUAGGGAUAAGAAGGUAUCAUAUUUAAAAAAAAAAAAUGGAAAAGGAAAAAAGAACAAAAAAAGGAAAGUUGGAAAAAAAAGCAAAUGCUAAUCUUGCACCCUGAUGUGGCCAGUACUGGUGUUCCACAAGGUAUUUCAUUUUAAAGCCUUUAAGAAAAAAAAGUCAAUAUCCUUUACUAUAUGCAGGAAUAGCAAAUGCCAAAACCAGUGUAGUUGCUAUUUCUCAUAUUUGUACUAGUAUGCUGAAAGAAAUGAUUGUAUUAAGCUACCUGAACUUUUUGUGGCAUUUUACAUAGGCCUUUUUCUAUGAUGUCAGACAAGGGUGUUGCUGGUGCGGAGAUAUCACAUCAACAAAUAAGCCAUUUAAUAAUAAUCUAAUUCAGCUGAAUAGGAGAAGGGAUUUUUAUUUGAAAUUGUACAUUUUGUUCAAACUAAAGAGUGGGAAAGUGAGCAAGAGAGAACCACAUCCUGCUCUAACACCCGCAAAACUUUUUUUUUGUUUUGUUUGUUUGGGUUUUUUUUUUUUUUUUUUUUUUUUAGAUUCUCAAAAUUGGACUACCAUACUACAUUUAUUUUGGAUAUUGGGGAUGAGUGCAAGUGAUAUAUUGCCACAGAUUGGCUGGCCUGAGUGCGGGGACUCGCUCCCCAUGUGAACCAUCUUGUCUUGUCAAGAGCUGUACGAAGUACUGACAGCCCAAACCCUCCUCCCGCCCCCUGGCCAGACUUUCAGUCCUGUGAGAGGGUUUGAGAGUUGGGCCCGUGAUGGAGGAAACAGGCUUGCUUAGACAACAAAAACAAAAACAAAACAAAAGCCUGGCUUUUGGUUUUGAAGGCCCUCCUCCCACCCCAACCCCAUUCCCCCUGUCAAGCGUUGGCUCAUUGUAUAAGACAUGGCUCAGUCCAGACCCAAAGCACUUAUCGAAUGAAUACGCACUUUUGUAUAUUUAAAAUAUCUAUAUGUAUGUGUGUAUUUAUGUAUACAUGUUACCUAUGUAGAUAUUAACAUUAGGGGUUACAGUUGUUUUACUUCAGCAAAAGAGGUGAAAGGGUGUCUCACUGUUCACUAGUGAGCAGGUGUGCUGUGUGUGUGUUUGUUUGUGUGUGUGUGUGUGUGUUUGUGUCUACGUAUGAGCAGCGGUAUAUGAGGAGGGAUGGUUUCUCUUGUCGGGAUCACUAUUUGGUAGCAGUGAAAGAAAAGCUUGCACCUGUAUGUGCACACAUGUGUAGCACAAAGUCCAUUUCAAACAGAAAAAAAACUAUUUGCACUGCCUUUAUUCAACCAGUUGCCAAAAAGAGCAAGGAUGUAAAAAAAAUAAAAUUGAGGACAAAAACUGACAUUUGAUGAAGAACACAAACUAUGUAUAGCUAUACGUAGAUAUACAGACAUCUCUGCUGAGCCAUAGUACAGUAAUUUGCUGACUAAAAGUGAAUGUAAGGUCUAAAUUUUGAGGAGAUAAGAGUCGUGAAGCUGACAUUUCUGCACUGUCUCUAGACAAAAUGACAAAAAGUAAUAGAUUAAUUAAUGCAAGUCUGACACCCUUUUUGGGAGCUGUUCAUUUUUUCCCACCACUGCCUCCAUCUGCAGAACAAAUGGAUACGGUUUGAAACACAGUCUAAUCAUUUGAGCCAGUGUUUGGAUAUUAUUUUUGGCAGAGAAGCGGGUUAUAGGUUUAGCCAGUGCAUAUGCCUUAUGUUCUCAGCACAAAUUCCACACCAAUGUAAUCUAUAGCACUGCUCGUGUGGUCCUGUCUUCAGGGCCCCUCCAUUCAGCACUGUCCUGUGAAGCAACCUAACUCAAGUGGUUGUUCAUUCAAAAUGGCAGCCAUAAUCUCUACUGCGAUUGCCUUACAGUUACCUCCUAAUGUUCUUCCUGUGUUGUGAUGCACAAGCCUACAUCGACUCUUGUACUUGUUUGGAAUGUGUACAUCUUUCUUUCAUAUUGAUAGCAUAUCAAAAAGCAUUCAACCUUAAUGACGCCCCAUGCUGUUACCUAGACCCGUAAGUGCCGUAGCAAUAUCCGUCUCUCUUGUUUGUCCUUGAUGGUUAUUUGAGAGAGCAACUGGGCCGUUGGGCAUCCUUUCUCCAGUGGAGGUCAGCACAAAAGAAGGGGAAAGGGAUUCAAAGAGUGAUUCUCACCUUUUCAUUUGCCUUUGUCUCAUCAAAGGCCAUCUCUGUUUUUUUUCCAGAGUGCUUGAUUCCCAAAGUCCUUAUCACAAGUGAAACUCUUUACUAGUGCUGUUCUCCUAAGACCAUCGCUAAGAUGCAAAUAACUAGUCUCGUUUUGUUCUCACUGAAAGGGAAAUAGCGCAAGUUGUAUCCGUUAGACAGCUAGGAUUCAUGAAAAAAAACCCAGUUCAUUACACUCCUCAAGGUGGUGAAAUGAAAUAUUUCCUCACAAAAAUAAGAUCCUUAACUGGCUCAAAUGUUGGGUAAGACUAUGUUUCCCAGAAUGAUUGAGUAUCCUAGAAGAAAGAUUGAAGGGGUUGUUUUGCCUCUGCUCAUCUGUAUAGCAUCAAACCCAUAGCGAAUGUGCAUUUUGUCAGACAGAUCUCUGUUGUUGUAAGAUAUGUUUUGAGUUUUUGAAAAGCAAUAUUGCAGUCGGCCAGUUUGAGAAGAAGGGAGGAGAGAUAGACUUGCACAAACUUGUGGAGAUGGUAGCAGUGGACAGACUCAGACAUACAAAACAUCGGAGCACCAGUGGGAUAAAUAAAUCACACACACAAGCAUUGAAGAAAAUGGGCAUGACUAGUGAUUUUGUACAUUUGUGAGUUUUGUUUUCAUUUGUUGUUUCUUCAGGGUACUGAAAUACUAGUUGUGGACUUGGCUCUUCAUCUGAACUCGUACAGGAAGUCCAUCUGUAUUUUGACAGGAGUGGUGAUUCACUUCUCAUGUAGCGCCUCAUGAGUUUUGUUGGUGAGCAAUCACAGCUCUCUUUGUGAGAAUGAUAGUAUUUGUUUUUUUGUAAAAUAUAUGUUGGUGAUUAUUUGAGAAGGUUUGUAGGAAAGCUGGAUUUUUUUUUUUUUUUUUUUUUUUUUAAAGUUAGUUUAUAUUAUAGUCAUCAUAGCUGUCGUGUCACAUUAACUACAGUGAUACUGUCCACAGCACGGUCUACUGGGAAAUCUCCCACUUACCUCCGGUGUUGGUAGAAGUUGCUCCUGAUAAGUGCUGACUGUGGACCUGUUCUAUUCUACUGCUCAGACUGCGAUAGAGGGGAGAGAGGCUGGUCCCAGGUCAGCAUCUGUGCAGCAACAUCUCCCCUGAGCCUUACCUCCAAGGACACCAGUGUCCCUCUUUACUUGAAGCAUCGGUGAAAGGCAAUAGAGAAUCUUUUAUGUUUUCACCUUCCCCCCUGCCCCCCAUAGAAAGCAUGCCUUAAACUUAAGGGUACACCACGUGAAUUCCCUCAACGUAAAAGUGGAGAAAAAAAAAACGUCUUUGUUACCUUACUGGUGAUAAUUGGUGUACAGGUUUUCAUAUCAAUAGUGGCUGCAGUUAUAGAAGAUAACCUUGUUUAAUAUAUAACAAAGUCUAUGUUGAUAUUGUAAAAACAAUAAUGCAUCUAUGUAAGAAAAAAAAAAGUGUUUUUCAAGUUUUUGUCAACCCUCAGAUUCUAAAUGGGCAUAGCAGGGACUCCGCUAACCCCAGGACUCUGAUAGCUGUACAUCUUGUCAUUUUAAAUGUACCGACCCAUGUGAAUGAGCUGUCUGUGACAAAUCCAUCUGAAGAUCCUACCCUUUGCAUGCACCUCCCCUCCUCCUUCCUUAGCAGCUCUAGACAAAUGGAAAGUAGACUGAUGUCUGUCACUAGCCUGAGGUUGCCUCCAUAGUACUGUGCCCUCUGGCCUCAUGGUUAUAUAUCGCAGUUGUGUCAUGGAAGUAAUAUUAGUGACCUUCUCUCAUUUGAUAACUCAUGUCCUCUGAUAAUGUUUAAGGCUAUUCUCAGUGAUUAGAGAUCACUACUCUGUGGUACCUCUCUGGGUUUUUAGGAUGCGAAGUGGAGAUUGAGAGAAGAAGCCAUUCAAGGUGGUGUGGUUAGCGUCCUUAAGACCUGAGAGAUGUUUGUCCGUGUGCCACAGUAUCCUUUGGAGUCUUAGAGAGGAUUUCAGCCCAGUUGAACAUCCAAUGCCUUUCACCCAAUCUACCCACAGUUCAUUGUUGUGUUUGGUCAGAGCACUUUCCAACUGAGGUUUCUUUGACACCAGUGGGGACCUCUGAACGCUUGUGAUCUUUCUGUGGUCUUCUGUACUUGGAAGGGACAGUUGCUGCAUAUUCAGGGCUGAAGGUGUCAAAAUAAUUUCUCUCAGAUGGACCCAACUGGACGCUGAGGUCAUGUAUGGCAACUUAUGCAAAUACCCAUGUUUUAUGGAAUUCAUGUUAUGCAUGAUGGAGUUAUGGGGUGAGAGCAUUGCUGUGCAGUUGGAAUGUUAAAACCUGUAUGACCUAUUUUAAAUGAUUUGCCUAGUUUUUGCAACUUCUUUUUAGAUUCAUUUCAAACCAUAGACUCUACUGAGCAUUCUUGCCCCAUAGAAAUGUGGUGUUCUCAGUUGUAACCACACUGAGAUGAGUUAGACGCCAUUGAAUUGUAGAAGAGGUUAUGGCAUGGUGGCAUUACUCACCAAGAAUAUUGAUUAUGCAUUAGAGUUUAGAAAUUUGCUGGUGAUUUUGUUCAUUUCUACAGGUAAUUGUAGUGUCUUAGUUCAUGAGAGAUGGUCACAUAAUUUCUGAAGAGCUACUAAAUUGAAUCAAAAUAUUUAGUCAUUUAUUUAGUCUCUGUAAAUGGUCUUCCAUUCAAGCCAAUCUGAAGCCUUACGAAUUACCGCUGAGUAGUCCCGUUUCACAGGGUCCGUAAUGGGUCCAUCCACCUGUAGCAUUAGGCUUUCGCAAAUUCCAUUAAUCCCAAGGAACUGGAAGCCAUUUUGUUUACCUGCUAGUUAAUUUUGUGUCGCCACAGCAAUGUCUGUGGACAUGAUUGUCAAAGCUGUGUACAGAGUUUGUGUUGACAGAUUUUUCAAAGCACAAGUCCAAAGAGGAAGUUCUUGACACCAAGUCCCCAAAUUCUGUUAUGCCAGUUGUGUUCACAGUGACCUUCUAUGAUGACAUGCCAGCCCUCCUGGCUUGAAUAUGGACUGGUUUUCAAGGUGAUUUCCAAUUGGGUAAACAACCUUGUGUGGAGACAGAAGUUCAUCCAUGGCCAAAUAAUCAGUAGUUCAUUCAGUUAAGCAAUAUUUCCAUUUGUGAGUGCACCUUGACUCGUUCAAAGCACAAAUAUAUAUUUAAAAAAAGAAAGAAAGAAAGAAAGCUGUGUGCUGUAAUUAAGAUUGCCCCUAAGAUCGUGCACAGCUUUGGAAACAUAUCCUAUUACAACUAAAGAACUGGCAACAUUACAGUAUCCCAAAAUCAAAAACAAUGACUAAUUUCGAAUGUAGUAAGUAGCAUAAAGAAAAGAUAUUUUGUUUCAACUCACCAAUAAAGAAACAUUAUGCAUUCUACUGGAAGGGUGUUAUAGAUUUUAUUGAUUUAUCAAGAGUAGCUCUCCUAGGUGUGGAUUGUUGCAUGUUAGUGGAAUGGCAUGUUUGUUUAAUUUAACGCAGGGUUUAUCUGGAUUAAAUCUGAUCUUAACCAGAAAUUUGACUGAUUAACUGUGACUAGCGAAGGGAGUUUAACAUUGUUUUUAAGACAUUUUUUGCAGCCUGCUACUUCCCUUAAACCUGGAAACUAAACUUGAAUUAACAGCAAAGUAAAGUGAAUUAUGAUAAUCACAAGUGGGAGAUGUUUGAUGCAGUUGGCAUAGCUUCAUAUGUUUGCGGAUGUGUCUGGACUUCGAUGUGUUGGUAUUGAAUCUGCUAGAGAAGUCUUGCAGUGGAAUACCAUAAUGCAGGAUGAAGGGAAACCACCUUGCAAUCACUACCUUAUGGUACUAGAACAUCCGUAUCUAUGUGCUAUGUGAGUUUGUGUGUGUGUGAGCGUGAAUGAGUUGAUGUACUCAAGCAUUUCCCAUUUGAAGAUUGAGGAUGUGUUGCUCCUCACUGCGUGGCGCUGAAUAUUUUGUAAAGAAAUUUGUAUUUUUCCAUGUCUUGGCAUACUUUACACUCGACUAGUUUACACAACCAGAAGCCCAAGGAUUCUGCUCUCCAAUUAGUCAAUCCUUAAAAAAAAAAAAAUACAUUCCCUUCUAGUGAUGGUAAGAUCAUGGUACUUCUAGUCUUUAAAAGUGUGUGGGCUUUUUGUAUUUAGUUUGAUAGACUGUUUUGAUGUCUAAGAUGUUUGUGAACUUUAACCCUUUGAAGAGGAUAUCUCAACACUGUUUUGAGUGAACGCUUGAAUUCUUUUCCAAAAUCUGUAUCUGGAAUAUAAGGCUGUUGGUUGCCUUAAAUACCCAUUCUCAAAAGUCCUCUAAAAAGAGCCGUGGAAAGUGAGCUUUAGAGCUCUCCCACCGGCCUCCCCUAUCCCUCUUCUCUGCGGUCUGUGGAGACCUGGGAGAGCUGAACUGGUUAGCGUUAGCCUACAGGGCACACCUGAAGCCUGGCAGUAACUCUGCCCUAUUCCCCACCCACACUGGCGUUCCACUACUGCCACCUGAUAGAGAGUGAGUGUGUGUGCGUGUAUGCAUGUGUGUGGUUGGUGUCAGAGAAAGCAGGUGUUUAUUAAGGCUUAGAGGACAAAAGCAGCGAUGUAGUAGAUCCAAUAUGAAACCCUAAUUACCUCAAAAUGUCAGUGACAGAAAUGAAUACAGAAUUGACCACAUUUUUCAUCUUCAAGUGGAUUUACACUUCAUUUGUAAUACACAAAUUCAUGCUAUUUUGGGGAAAUUGUUGAAAAAAAAGUUAUUAGUAUUACAAAUACUGAGUAUCGUUUUUCUGUUGUGCCUACCUCCAUUAUGUACAGGUCAUCUUUGUCUGCUAAGCGCAUAGCCACCUAUUUCUGUAGGUUAAAAGAAAGAAAAAAAAGAUGGAAAAAUAUUUGUUUUUUCUAUCUUCACAAAAAAAUUGAGUGAUUGUGUCUGUCAUAUUCAAGUGUUGAGGAUUAUAGUUGUAACCAACGACAGGAAUGUCUAAGCCAAGCUGUCGGUAGACCAACAAAAUCUCCUGGGUCCUAGCGCAGCAGUUUCUUUGAAUUUUUAUUGAGAACAGAUCCGCUUCAAUGAGCCCCUCUCAAAAGCACCCUUUACUCAGUGAGCAGACGUCACCUUUUUCCACAUCCUGACAGUGUGUUUGUGUAUGUUGUGUGUUUGUGUGCAUCAAGCCAUAUGUUAUACCACGUUUACAGCUGUCGUGUUGAUAGGAAAAUAUUCUCGACUGUGUGGAGAUGGUGUGUCCAUGUGUCUGCGUCUUAAAACUAAUGUAACUCCAAAAGCAACAAACCGACAGAAGCUCUGGUUCAAUUCAGGCUGAGUUAGGGUGCAUGCUGCGCUCCGUCUGAAGGAAACACAUUUAUCGUAUCCAGCCUUAAAUCGCCAGAUGCAUCCCACCACAGAGGUCAGCUGUUAGGCAGGGCUCCCACUACACCAGAGGACCUCUACAGACCCCUCCCCAUUCCCCGCCCCCCCCUCCCCUCCCAAGUCUCAGCCCACCUAAAAGAAAUGGGAAAAGAGAAAAGCCGUACAUGAUUUUCUGUGACAAUGCAAUCUCUGAAAGCACUUUGCCUUGUUAAAAUCCUAACGUGUGCUAGUGAAUGGUUAUAUGUUGCAAAAUGUUACAUUUGUGUUUUUAAAGAGAAAAAAAAAUCUAAGAGGAACUAUAAUUUGAUGAAUUAAGACAUUUAAAAAUUAUUCAAAUUUGCAUUGACCUCCAAGUACAGGACAAGUGAAACUUCAUUAACUAAGGCAUUCAAAUCUGAUCGAUUUUUUUACAAUGUAUGCUGCAGCCAUUGAGUCUUGUUAUUCAGUAUUGUGGCUUAGAAUUGGUUAUGUUUAAAUAAAGUGCUAUCGCUUAAUAUCUA